AUGGUGAAGAUCUGCAGUAUGCUGUUGCUUACUCGGGCUGCAGUUCUGAACAUCUUCAUGGAGGACAAGGACAAGGGAACGAGCAAGCAGUCGACAAGGAUCGUCAUGGCCAAGGGCGAGCCAGCAGCGGUAGAAGCAAGCUCGUCGACGAGGGCUGAGCCUGACUCCUCCAACUAUGGGACCGUGUAUGAGAGAGAGCGGCUCCUGCCCUUUUCAGUGGAGCAACUCCCCUCAGCCAGCAAGAAGAAGUUGACCAGGCUCGCCAUGGUCGUCGCCGGAUGUGUGAUCCUCAUCAAGCUGAUGAUGCUCCUUGCUUCCUGGUCUUCGGCGAGGUCAGGGAGGGGCUCCUAG